CAGCAUGGUUUGACUUCCUGUAUUCACAUGAUCUAUUUUGAUUCUGCUCAUAAUCGGACUUGUUGAAAGUUUCGUAUAAUUUCCCGUGUUUGAAUGAAAAGCCCAAUAUAAAAUACAUUUAAAUGUCAUUCAGAUAGUCCCAGAAUGCAAAUCUGCUCAGAUCCGUUUUAUUUUCACUUUCAAUUCAAAAUCCUCCAGAUAAUGUAAACCCAGACGACGCCAAAUAACAGAAACGGCUGAGUCUUUCAGGUCUUAAAAUGACUAUGUGCAGCCUGUUGGUCCUGGUGCUCCUAUUGGAGCUUCUUGCACCAUCUUUGGGGGCACAGUUACCAGAAGGCCACAAUGAAGAGGACAAUGUUUCCUCUCCACCUCCCAUCGCCACUAAUGGUCAACCGUUCCCAUGGGACCAGAUGAGACUUCCCGAAACCGUUUCUCCAGUCCACUACUAUCUCCUUAUUCACCCUAAUCUAACUAGCCUUGACUUUACUGGAGCUGUGCGAAUUGAAGUCCAAGUCCAUAAGGACACCUCUACAAUCAUUCUUCACAGCAAGGCGCUCCAGAUUGCCAAAGCUGAGCUCUUGGCACCGGAAGGUCCAGGGUCACUGCCAAUACCUCUCCAGGUGUUGGAAUACCCCGCCUUUCACCAGUUGGCUCUGGUUUCCAAUGUGCUUCUGGUCAGUGGUUGGGUGUAUGAGGUUCGUCUGGAGUUUUCUGCUAACCUGUCUGACAGUUUCCAUGGGUUUUAUAAGAGCUCCUAUCGCACAACCAGUGGAGAGCUCAGGUUUCUGGCAUCCACCCAGUUUGAAGCCACCAGUGCUCGAGCAGCCUUCCCCUGUUUUGAUGAGCCGGCAUUUAAAGCCAACUACACCAUCCAGAUACGGCGGGAAGCACGCCACAUAGCCCUCUCCAACAUGCCCAAGGUAAAGACUGUAGAGCUGCCAGGCGGUCUUCUAGAGGACCACUUUGAUACCAGCGUCAAGAUGAGUACUUACCUGGUAGCCUUCAUUGUUUCUGACUUCCUGUCCGUCAGCAAGACCACCAGUCAUGGCGUCAAGAUCUCAGUAUACGCUGUACCGGACAAGAUCGACCAGACAGAGUUUGCGCUGAACGCCGCUGUCAAACUGCUGGACUUCUAUGAUGACUACUUUGACAUCCCGUAUCCUCUACCCAAACAGGACCUGGCAGCUAUCCCAGACUUCCAGUCAGGUGCGAUGGAGAACUGGGGUCUGACAACCUACCGAGAGUCUGGGCUUCUGUUUGACUCCAGCAAGAGCUCUGCCUCUGACAAGCUUGGCAUCACCAUGGUGAUUGCACAUGAGCUGGCACACCAGUGGUUUGGUAACCUAGUAACCAUGCAGUGGUGGAACGACCUGUGGCUCAACGAGGGCUUCGCCAAGUUCAUGGAGUUUGUGUCUGUCAACAUCACCAACCCUGAGUUACAAGUGAACGACUUCUUCUUGGGGAAGUGUUUUGAGGCGAUGGAAGUGGAUUCACUAAGCUCCUCCCAUCCUGUGUCCAGUCAGGUGGAAACACCGUCCCAAAUCCAGGAGAUGUUCGACGAUGUCUCCUACGACAAGGGGGCAUGUAUCCUACAUAUGCUGAGAGACUUCCUGACUCCUGAAGCCUUUAAGAUCGGAAUCGUCCGCUACCUUAGACGCUACAGCUACCAGAACACGGUCAACACCCAUCUGUGGGAUAGCCUCACCAACAUCUGCCAGUCUGAUGAUCUGGAUGAGGGGAGACUGAAGGAAGAGUUCUGUUCCCGGGGUAAGGCCCAGUCCGGAGCCCAGAAGUGGUUCUCUGGUGACCAGCUGGACGUCAGGGCUAUCAUGGACACAUGGACGCUACAGGAGGGCUUUCCUCUGGUCACCGUGGAGCUCAGGGGUCGCCAGGUCAGACUCAGCCAGGAGAGAUACCUUAAAACUCACGACCCCUCCCAGAAAGAAGGGUUCCUUUGGCAGGUUCCUUUAACUUACAUCACCAGCUCUUCUAACACAGUACAUCGCUUCCUGCUUCAAACCAAGACUGAUGUUUUGUACCUGCCGGAAGAGGUGGUCUGGGUGAAGUUCAAUGUCGACAUGAGUGGUUACUAUAUGGUCCAUUACGAGGGGGAUGGCUGGCCCUCCCUGACCUCCCUGCUGUUGACCAAUCACACGGCUCUGAGCUCCAACGACCGUGCCUCCCUCAUUAACAACGUCUUCCAACUGGUCAGCGUGGGCAAGGUGGGACUCGAUACUGCACUUGACCUGUCCCUCUACCUGUCCAAGGAGACGGAGAUCAUGCCGGUCACUCAGGGCCUGGGGGAGCUGGUUCCUCUCUAUAAACUGAUGGAGAAGAGGGACAUGGUGGCCCUGGAGAACCAGAUGAAGGACUUCAUCGUGGAUCUUUUCCGGGAUUUGAUCGACCGUCAGACGUGGACGGACGAGGGUUCUGUAUCGGAGCGGAUGCUGAGGAGCUACCUGCUGCUGUUUGGUUCUGUCCGGAACCACCCACCCUGUGUCGCCAACGCAACACAACUCUUCAAAAAAUGGAGGGCCUCAGAUGGCAACAUGAGUCUCCCCAGCGACAUCAGCUUAGCGGUGUUUGCCAUGGGUGCUCGUGACCCCGAGGGGUGGGACUUCCUCUUUGAGAAGUACCGCCAUUCGCUGCACACGUCUGUCAAGAGCCGCAUCAAGUCUGCCCUUUCCAUCAGCCCACUGCAACACAAGCUGCAGAGUUUGAUGGAGCAGAGUUUGGGGGGUGAGGUGAUGAAGACUCAGGACCUUCCUCACGUGGUCAUCUCCGUCAGCAGGAACCCCAAAGGUUACAAGCUAGCCUGGGACUUCCUCAGACAUAACUGGCACACCCUGAUAAAGAAGUUUGACCUCGGGUCCCAUUCUGUCUCUGGCAUGGUGACUGGAGUGACCAACCAGUACUCCACCAGGGAGAUGCUGGAUGAGGUGCGUGGCUUCUUUGGCUCACUGUCUGAGGAGACUGGAGCUGGUCUCAGGUGUAUCCAGCAGACCUAUGAGAGCAUUGAGGAGAACAUCCGUUGGAUGGACCAGCACCUGCCCAGACUACAGGCCUGGCUGGACAUACAUGGCCCCAGGCCCAAGCCACAACCCCAUGAGGAUCUGUAGGCCUCUGAAUUGCCCUUGAGGAAACAGUCCAGUGCUUCCAGAUGUCUUGCAAAAUAUGACCUGUAAUUAAUAACAAUGCCUGAAAUGGUUUUCCUUAAAUAAAAAAAGGCAGCUUUCCAGUGUAGGGAUGGUGUUGGCCUAUACUAACAAUUAAAUGAGGGGGCAUUUGCCAGUCACUGAAAUUACUUAUUCAAAUAGAGCACUGCUAGAUCAUCCUCUAUGAGGAAACGGCCUGAGAAGUCGGAGGGUCUUAAAUGUGUUUUCUUCAAGUAUGCUGUAUGUAUUAGAUGAAUCAUUAUUUUAAUAUGGGUUAACAGAAUGCGAUUUUGCCUGGAAAGUAACUUCAUGGGUUAGGUAUUUGUUUUGUCUGAAAAAGUGAGUGGGGUUGCGAACACUGAAUAUUUUAACAUAUACAGCAGUGAAGGAUGUGUGAACCCAAGAUCAGCCUAAGCCCUGACUUAUCGCAACAGUGUGAAGACUAGUCUGACACGUGAGCCAUUUUCUAGAUAAGUAGGGAUGGGGAAUAAGUGUUCUACACCCCUCAAACUCAACCCCCAGACCUCGAAGUGAGUUCUACACCACCUUUUCUUUAACUUUCUAAUUUGGGCUUGAUUGAGACCUGGGUCACCGGCAGUUAAUAUUGAGGUAGAACCGAAAACCAUCACGAUCACCCCCUUAUUUUAAGGUUCUCCAUUGUUAUGUUGCUGUGUUUUCAUAUUAUAAUUUGGCCUCUGAAAAUGUUGUAUUUUCAGGAAUAGAAUGCCUCGUGGCAUUUUUGGUACAGUUUUUUUUACUUCAGAGGAUGACCUGCUUUUCAUGUUUGUGUUUUUAAAUGUUGAUGGGUUAUAUUGCUGAGAUUUUAGUAUUUUUGUAAAAUGAAUAAUAAAAAAUUGUGAAUUAGA